CUGGUCUUUCAGGGUGUGGAGGUGAACGCAGGUCGACAGAUGCCUUGCGAGUUGAGCCUGCUCCAACGUGGUGGAGAAUACGAGUUGGUUAUAAGCUCCCUGGGAACAGACCCCCUUACUCAAGAGCACAUUCCAAUCAACGGACGUUUUAAAUGUGUACAAGAGGCUGAAGAAACUUUGCUGAUUGACAUCGCCACAAACUCUGGUUGCAAGAUCCGCCUCCAGGGAGACCACACCGCCGAGCGUCUGUUUGAGAUUCCAGACGAGGAGCAAUGCUUGGAGUUCCUUGCUGAGGUGCUGAGGCUUCAGAAAGCCUCGACGAAAACACUUCCCCCUGAAUUUGUGGACCAUGCCUCCUGGCACCAAGUGAAAGGCCUCUCGGGGCCCGUGGAUCCUCUCCCUGCAGGCCUUCUGGGGUUCGAGGAUAAUUUCAGCGCCAUAAGCCUGGAGAAAAAGAGGAACUUGCAGAACCAGCAGAUGAGUGCCCGCCGAGAGCCCCCACCCCCACCCCAGCUUCCCAGCCGGUCAUACCCCCGCGAGAAGGAGAGCGUCAACAAGGACCCACCCAAAGGCAGCAACACGAUGCGCACCUUCUUCACGCCGUCCCGCCACUCGCAAUCCGGGCAACGGGAAGGACUCAUCAAACACUUCGUCCUUAAGCGUGAGAAGGAGUACGUCAACAUCCAGAACUUCAGGUUUUUUAUAGGGACCUGGAACGUCAAUGGACAAUCGCCGGACGGCGGUUUGGAGCCUUGGCUGAUCGCGGACCCAGAGCCUCCAGACGUCUACUGCGUAGGGUUCCAGGAGCUGGACCUGAGCACGGAAGCCUUCUUCUACUUUGACUCAAACAAAGAGCAAGAAUGGCUGACGGCCGUGGAGAAGGCCUUGCACCAGAAAGCCAAGUACAGGAAAGUCCAGCUCGUCCGUCUGGUUGGCAUGAUGCUGCUGAUCUUUGCCAGGAAGGAGCAGAUCGACUUCAUCAAAGACGUGGUGGCAGAGACGGUUGGCACCGGGAUCAUGGGCAAGAUGGGCAACAAGGGCGGUGUGGCUGUCAGAUUCGUCUUCCACAAUACCAGCUUCUGCAUCGUCAACUCCCACCUGGCUGCCCACGUGGAGAACUUCGAGCAGCGCAACCAAGACUACAAGGACAUCUGUGCCCGCAUGAGCUUUCAGGUUCCUGACCAGAAUCUGCCACAGCUGACCAUCAUGAAACACGAAAUUGUCAUCUGGCUGGGAGAUCUGAACUACCGGCUUUGCCUCCCUGACGCCAACGACGUAAAAAGUCUAAUCAGUAAAAACGAGCUCCAGAAACUGCUCACGUUUGACCAGCUGAAUAUUCAGCGUACCCAAAAAGCAGCUUUUGCCGAUUUCACAGAAGGCGAAAUCAAGUUCAUCCCCACGUACAAAUACGACUCUAAAACAGAUCGCUGGGAUUCCAGUGGAAAAUGUCGUGUGCCCGCUUGGUGUGACCGGAUUCUCUGGUUCUCCUUUGAGAAUGUAAAGUUUCGGCAGCUUCAGAAGGAGAAAUUCCAGAUCACAAACAACGGUCAAGUCCCCUGCCACUUCUCCUUUAUCCCCAAGCUGAACGACACGCAGUACUGUAAACCAUGGCUUCGUGCUGAACCCUGCGAAGGUUAUUUGGAACCAAACGAGACGGUGGACAUCUCCUUGGACGUCUACGUCAGCAAGGACUCGGUGACCCUCCUCAAUUCGCGGGAGGACAAGAUCGAGGAGAUCCUGGUCCUCCACCUGGACCGGGGCAAGGAUUACUUCCUCACCAUCAGCGGCAACUACCUGGUCAGCUGCUUUGGGACCUCCUUGGAAGCCCUGUGCCGGAUGAGGCAGCCCAUCCGUGAAGUCCCCGUCACGAAGCUCAUCGAUCUGGGAGACGACGGCUGCCUAGAACAGGAGAAGUCUCUUCUGAAGAUGGUGCCUCAGGAUGAAGACUCUAGUGACCGACCUUUGCACAUACCCAAGGAGAUCUGGCUCCUGGUGGACCACCUCUUCAAGAAUGCCUGCCAUCAGGAGGAUCUCUUCCAGACCCCUGGCAUGCAAGAAGAACUGCAGGAUAUUAUCGAGUGCCUGGACACCAGCAUCCCAGAGUCCAUCCCUGGCAGCAAUCACUCCGUGGCUGAAGCUCUGCUCAUCUUCCUGGAGGCCCUUCCCGAGCCCGUCAUCUGCUACGAACUCUACCAGCGCUGCCUUGACUGCUCCCAGGAUAGUCGCCUCUGCCGGCAGGUCAUUUGUCAGUUGCCGCGCUCACACCGGAACGUCUUCCGCUACGUGAUGGCCUUCCUGCGAGAACUCCUGAAAUACUCGGAGAGCAACAACGUCAGUGCCAACAUGCUAGCCACCCUCUUUGCCAGCCUCCUCCUGCGGCCUCCACCCAACCUCGUCUCCAAGCAGACUUUGCAAGAUCGCCAGCGAGCCAACAGUUUCAUCCUAGGGUUCCUGUUGGGAGCAGAUGACUACUAAGGACCUGGCAUGCAUGCUCUGAGCCAGCCAAGUGGCAAAGGAGGAGAGAGGUCCAGGGUUCUGGGCUCUGGGACAGUUAUUACAGGGAUAAGAUGCUUCCCAACACUGCGUGAGACUCCCUGUUCUUAAGUUUCAUCUGUGCCGGUCGUUGAUUGCAGAACGAAAAGGGUUCUGAUCACUUAGCAGGCAGCCCGUUUGCUGAUCUUGGCCGGCACGUGGUAACUGCUCCGUCCACUCCCUGUCUAGUACUGUAUUUCCUCGCCUUUUACUCCACCAGUCUAAUCCCCUAGGUAGAGACGAGUUCUCUGUUGGGAAGGCAGCGAGGUGCCCGCCACAGCCCGUCUAUCUCUUCGCCUGCUUUGUACAAUUCAGUUGUCUGUUCCCAUCUGUGGCCCUUGCUCACAGCCCAGCUGGUCUCCCACCGUGGCACCACUUGUACUUCACAAAACACACCACACACUGCCAAAGCAGGAGUGGGAGGGGGGGUGGAAAGGUCGGGGCAGCAGAUGCCUGCUUUCAAGCGAGGUCCAGGUUGUUGCUUCCCCUCCCUUGCGGUUCUGCCUUUUUGUCUUUCCAGUUGUCUUGUUUCGGGUUUCUGUCCUUUGUGCAUAUUCACUCUUUCUUUCUUUUUCUCUCUCUCUCUCUUUUUUUUAAAACUGUAUAAUUUAUUGGGAAAGUUGUUUCAAAAUAAAUCCGCACU